GUCGGCAACUCCGCAGUCAGACGGGCACCGGCUACCAAUACGCAUCGCCAGCGACGCCUCGCUUUGAUAACAAGCAAAGAAAUAAAAUAAUUAAAUGCAGGCCAACAAAAAAUACAAUAAAUAUUGACUAAAAAUGAAAAACAUUUGUAUGUAGAAUAUACGAUUGUACACAUACUAUAUAGCACGUAGUAUAUACGAGUGUCGGCAUUGUUGUUCGGUGGUUCCUCGACAUCAAAUAAAACAAACGAAAUGUUUUGAAAGCGAAUUGAGUUGUUGUCACAACUGCAACGGGCCACACACGAUAAGCACUGCCAUCCUAUAGCCGAUCCUGAGCCAAGCAGAUCCCAUUAUCGUCCCAGAUCACCUUCAAAGAUGAGCAACACAAUGACUGCUGCCCACGAGCCCAUCCACUAUCUGGAUAGCAUUUUGAAUGAGGAGGAGAAACGCUGUGGCGAUCAAUAUUCACAUCAAUGGCGCAAUUUCACAAUAUCCCGUUCGGGUCGCUUCAGAUCGAAGAACAAGAAACGGGAUGUGGUCGAUGGCAAGCUCUUUGAUGGCAAGGAAAAUGAUAAGAUCUCAGCGCGCAAUACAACCAGCGCCAUGUCCAAAUCGUCCUCCUAUAAUUCAAAUACAACAAACUCAACAACGGGCGGCAAUAAUGCAGCGGCGCCGUCGGUGCGAAGUCAACGUGACAAAACGGAGAGCUAUAAAAGUUUUUACGAAACCAAUUUAUAGAUAAUGGCUGGGUUAUAUAUAUACUUUGACAUACAUAUGCAUAUACUAUAUACAUAUACAUAUAUAUAUACAUAUGUAUAUACAGCUAUAUGCACUAUAUAUUUGCAUUACGCUUUAUUGGAUCAACCGAAGAGUUUAUUGCACAACAUGUGAACUAAAUCAAAUUUGCAAAAUUCAAAUUGAGAACGAAAAACUUAAGGAAAAACAAUACAAAGGAAGACAAAAAAGGUUGGGUGUUUAGAAUUUUCAACUAUUUAGUUGUAGUAGAGUAUAGAACAGAUUAGGGGCUAACUUAGGCACGCUCUAAUUAUAUAUAUGUCGAAGUAGAUCAUUGUACUUAAAUAUAUACAUACAUAAAUAUAUGUUUAAAUAAGUAAA